AUGAGCUAUGAAAUCACCUUUAUAGGCACUUCAGGUGGGCCGCUGGAAUCUGGAAACUGUUCGAUUUUGGUGAAACCUGCAUCUCUCACUUAUUCACAGGUAUUACAGGGCCGAGACAGGCCCCUCUUCAUGAUUGAUGCUGGCUCUGGUUGGCAUGCACUUGCAGAAACCAUUUUGAGAGAUCGAACAAAAAGUGGAGGAAGCACAGAAGCCCCAUCCAGAUUCUCCACCCAAAUGGCAUUAUACGAGGACUGUGGGACUCCACAAGAGUAUCUCCAAAUCCCACACAGCCAGCCGUUCCUGGAUCUCAAGGACCCACCGUUGAUUGCACUGAGGCGUGUAUUUUCUAAAGUGGCUGCGAUGCUCUUGUCACACCCUCACAUGGACCAUGUAAAAGCAAUGGUGAUCAAUCUGGCCGGGUUCUCCGACGCCGGGGAAAAGACUGUCAUAUACGCGUCGAAGUUCACGACAGAUGCAUUGAACAAACACGUCUUCAAUGGCGUGAUGUGGCCAGAUAUGGUUCUGCUAGGUUUGGUCGACUUGCGGCCAAUUCCGGAAAGAGGGGUUCUUAGUAUGGCCAGCGGCGCCUAUUCAGUCAAGCAUUUCGAUUUGUCGCACGGGUCAGUCGUCAACAACGGCCAGUACAUCGAGCCGUACAUGUCACUGGCGUUUCUAGUGUGUGACAACACGAGCCGAGCGAAAAUGCUUAUUUUUGGCGACUUCGAGGCCGACUCGAUUCUGCGCCUGGAGAGGAAUUCUCUCAUCUGGAUGUACGUGGCGCCGUUCGUGCUUGACGGCUCACUAAAAUGCGUGAUUCUCGAAUGCUCCACACAUAGCAGGGAACCAGGCAUCAACUUGUACGGCCACAUGACACCGCAGCACGUGAUGGCCGAGUUGCAAAGACUAGAGACUGCUUGCGCCCAAACCAAUGAAGGCUCUGCGACUGCACCGUUUGUCCGGGACUUGAAAGUGAUUGUCACACAUGUCAAGGAAACGUAUGACGGCAAGGACCCCCGACGCCGAAUCAUGAAGGAGCUCUGUGAGCUCAACGACACGCAAGGCUUGCGCUUGAGCAUUUCCAUUGCCACGAACGGGGUGCUGGUGGUGGUGUGA